AUGAGGAAGCUUAUUCCUUUUUCUGUUUGUGCGAAUGUAGGGAAUACUCCAUUAGAUGGACUCUGGACUGACUGGAAGGCUUGGAGUAACUGCUCCGCUGCAUGUGGCAAUGGAUCAAUGACAAGAACCAGAACUUGCACAAAUCCUUCUCCCUCACUUGGUGGACGGGAUUGUGAGGGUUCGGAUAAUGAGACUAAAGACUGUAUGAUGAUGGAAUGCCCAGUAGAUGGUAAUUGGACUGACUGGCAGGCUUGGGGUAACUGCUCUGAAACCUGUGGCAACGGUGUCAGGAUCCGCAACAGAACGUGCGAAAACCCUUCUCCUUCGUCAGGUGGAAAUGACUGCGAAGGAUCAGCAUCAGACACUCAGAACUGUACGCUUAUCCCAUGCCCUAUCAAUGGUAAUUGGGGUUCGUGGCAGAUUUGGAGCGAUUGCUCUACAACAUGUGGUGUUGGUGUGAUGAAUCGCUCAAGAGAGUGUGAUAAUCCCCCUCCUCAAUACGACGGCGAAGACUGUGUUGGACCUGCCUCUGAAACAUCAACGUGUGCCAAUAUUACCUGUCCCCCUCCUGGUACUUGGAAUAACUGGUCUACAUGGACUGACUGCUCUGUUUCUUGUGGCCAAGGCAUAUCAAGAAAGACGAGGACCUGUGAUGAUUCUGCAGGCGGGGAUUGUAUUGGGGCAGACUUAGAAACAAAAGGUUGUCAAAUAUUUAAGUGUUAUGACAGUUGGGGAAUUUGGAGUGAUUGCAGCUUGACGUGCGGGGCUGGACUCCGCUCACGAAACAGAACAUGUGACGGAAAAUAUACUGGCCAGGAAUGCGGUUGGCACACUCCAACGUUCGUUGACGUUAAGAGCUGUGAUAACACAGCCACUUGUCCAGAUUCUUUUUGCGCUAGCAGAAGCGCCAACUGUUCAUACAACCAUCCAAACAGAUGUGACAUGUACAUUACUUGUGAUGCAAGGAAGGUCAUGCACGAGCAAAUUUGCAAUGUGCUGUUGCUGUACAAGGUUAGACAAUCUGAUGAAUGUAAAGGGGACUGCGACUGGGCAGCUAAUGUUCAAUGGCUGAAUAUGAAUAAAAGAAAUAUUUACAAAGAGACUCCAGAAAAAGGUCAAUCAAUAAGACCAGGUGUUCCAGAAGAGCCAGCGUUUUCUGAUUCACCGCCAGGUAAAUCGAGGUCAUUCCGCGUAAGCAAAGCCCGGAGGUUCACAACAACGGAAACAACAGGUAAAAUAACGACCACCAAACACGUCCAGUAUCACAUCACGCCAAGAAAUAAUUAUUAUUUCUCAAUUUUACCACUAUGA